AUGCUUCCCUAUCAAUUUUCGAGAGGUCUCAGGGUACUUGCCGUUGACAAUGACAUCAACGUACUUGAAAGCAUCAAGCAAAUGGGUAUGAGAUACUGUUAUUCAGUCACCGCAUGCUCUAAUUCAUCACUUGCUUUGAAUGUUGUGCGCGAAAGAAAAGGGUGUUUUGAUAUGAUACUUGUUGAUGUUCAUAUGCCAAAUAUGGAUGGUUUUGAAUUCUUGCAGCAUGUUAGCCAAGAAAUCGAUGUUCAUGUUAUUAUGAUGUCUGUUGAUGCUUCUAAAAGUGAUGUCUUAAAGUCUAUUGAACUUGGAGCUUGUGAUUAUUGGCUUAAACCUUUGUCGGAGGAACGGUUCAAGAAUAUGUGGCAGCAUGUUGCUAGAAAAUCUUGGAGGGAAAAUAAACUACACAUAACUCUUGGCAACUUAGACCAAAAUAAGAGUAAUUCAAAGGAAGGUGAUGUUGAUGAAUUGAAUAGUUGUUAUCAACCUCCAACAAAGAAGCCUCGUCUAACAUGGUCAAGAGAACUGCAUCUAGAAUUUGUCAAGGCUGUGAUGCAACUUGGGCUUAAUAAGGCCGUGCCAAGGAAAAUUCUUGAAGUAAUGAAUGUCCCUGGUUUGACAAGAGAGAAUGUUGCUAGUCAUUUGCAGAAAUAUAGACUUAAUUUGAAGAAAAAUGAUGGAGUGGUGCAGCAACAGAAUGAAAUGUUAAUGCCAAACGCUGGAGAAUCCAUGUUAUUUGGUGGAAGAUUGGAUUUCCCUCAAGCUUUGGAAGCUACAGGCAUUGUUCCUUAUGAAACAAUGACAUACCUUCCAGAGCAAGAUCCCCUCAUGCAAUCGACCAUACAAUGUCCCAACAAUUCCUAUGCAGAACAAGCUAUAACACAUGCGCAUCCUCUCACAAAAUAUCCUUCCAACAAUUUUCCAAAGUCCAUCGUACUUCCAAAUGGUGGAGCAUGGCCUUCAUCAAUCGAUACAUUGCAGCAUCAACAUCCACUAAUUCGUCAACUAAUUCAUGCAAUCGAUGUUCAACCACCUUGCAUGAUGGAUUUUGGGAGCCUUUGGUAG